AUGGUGGACAAUGCCGUGAUGAAGGAAGUUUGCGGUUUCACCAUGGCCGGUACGAGAAGCAAGGCCAUCGAUUUCGACGCCAAGAGGAGUUGGGCCGAGAUUUCCCCGCAUACGACAUGGGAUUCUGCCGGCAUGUCCAACGGGCUUAUCCAAGACCUGGCCACUGCCAUUGUGCAUCGGUUCAUCUGCUAUAAUAUCUUCGGCAAAAAAGAGGCAAAUAAAGUCAGUGAGGUCGAGCUUUUUCUCCUAUGGACGAUGCGGGCGGGAGUGCGAGUGUGUCCUAUGACCUUCCUACAGAACUCCUUACAGGAGAUUGCCCUCACUCGGCGUGGAUUACCGGCACUUGGUGCUUCAACCGCUAAGUCAGCGGUCUCGAGUAACGAGUACGAGAAACCGAUCUAG